UGAAUGUCAUCGUCUUUUUUCUGCAUUUUCUUCAGCGAUUCUUUCCAAAUUCUUUCUCCAAUUUCCAGCCGAUCUUCACUCGGCGUGCAGUGAAAUAUGUGUGAACAACCGGUGGAUCAGCAUUAUCUUUCGCUAGUGGUUCCGGUGCGAGACUCGAGCUAAAGCCAGGACCCAGGAGUCCACUUGUUUCCGUGUGUGCUUGCUCCUACUAGUUUUAUCCGCGGCAGGACGAUAAGAGGUUGCAGUGUGAAAACAGUAGUUUUACCAAACAUCAUCACCAAUAAUCGGUUUUUUGGGUCACAUCUCUAAGCCUGGGACGUUAAAAACGUCGAUCAACCGAACGAAAUGAUGCAAUUCUGUCCUAAUGAUACGUCUAUGGACGUAAUCUGGUUCAACCAUGGCAUAUCGCAGUGCUUCAUGGAUACGGUGGCUAUGGGAACGAUCGGCACUUUUAUGCUGCUUUGUGGCACCUGGCAGCUGAUCAUGUACCGUCGCUAUGCAACCGAGGUAGAUCCGGUGGAAAUACGCAAGUCGCGCUUGUACAACUUUCAAGUGUUCCUGCUCAUCCUGCUGCCGCUGCUUACGGUGGCACGCUUCGUUUUGGAAGGGUUUGUCCUAGAACCUGCUCAAGUGUACGGCUUCAUGAUACUGUCCAUCUCAGUAGCCCUGUUCGCGUAUCCGUUCUCGAUUGUGCUGCUGGUACAAGAGCGCCACUACCAGCUACCGACGUCACGCACAGCAGGCCAUGGAGUGGUACUGCUCCUGUUCUGGACGAUGCUCUUCAUUACGCAGAACAUUGCGUUCGUUAACCUGAACUACGGCGACGGUUGGUUCCGGCUUGAAACACUCAGAGAUCGAGUCGAAUUCGGUUUGUUCGUGGUUCGCUAUCUCGUUACGAUGAUGCUGUUCGUGAUCGGGCUGAAAGCACCGGCCAUCACAUCGACUAUGCGCAGCGAGGAAUAUCAGAAUCUGCACACGCGCCCAAACGAAAACCAGUCGACGUUUCGCAAUUCCUGGAGCAAAAUGCGUACCUUAAUGCCAUUCCUGUGGCCUAAAAAGGAUGUCGUUCUGCAGUUCCGUGUCAUCUUUUGCUUCGUGCUACUGAUCGCCGGACGCGUCAUCAAUCUGUUCGUACCGAUCUACAACAAGAAGAUAGUGGACAGUCUCUCCGUCCAGCCUCCUCUGUUCCGGUGGGACUGGAUACUGCUGUACGUCGGGUUCAAGUUCCUUCAGGGAGGUGGCACUGGAUCGAUGGGCUUACUCAACAACUUGCGCAGCUUCCUCUGGAUUCGCAUUCAGCAGUACACGACGCGUGAAAUCGAGGUCGAACUGUUCCGUCAUCUGCAUAGUCUGUCGCUACGUUGGCAUCUGAACCGCAAGACGGGCGAAGUGCUGCGCGUCAUGGACCGUGGUACGGACAGCAUUAACAAUCUGUUGAACUACAUCCUAUUCUCGAUCGCACCGACCAUCGUGGACAUUCUGAUUGCGGUUGUGUUCUUCAUUACGGCCUUCAACUGGUGGUUCGGAUUCAUCGUGUUUAUUACGAUGACGCUGUACAUAGUGGCCACUAUCAUGGUUACCGAGUGGCGUACAAAGUUCCAGCGGCGUAUGAACCUUGCCGAUAAUCAGCAAAAGGCACGCAGCGUCGACUCGCUACUCAACUUUGAAACGGUCAAGUACUAUGGUGCGGAGCAGUACGAGGUGGACUCUUACCGGGAGUCCAUUCUCAAGUUUCAGGAGGAAGAAUGGCGCUCAAACAUUACGCUCAAUAUACUGAAUACAAUGCAAAACAUCAUAGUUUGUGGUGGACUGCUGGCCGGAUCGUUGCUUUGUGCCUAUUUAGUCGUGUACCACGAUGGUUUGACCGUAGGAGACUACGUACUGUUUGCCAGUUACAUCAUCCAGCUUUACGUUCCAUUGAAUUGGUUCGGUACUUUCUAUCGCGCGAUCCAGAAGAACUUUGUUGAUAUGGAAAAUAUGUUCGAUCUGAUGCGCGAGGAGCAGGAAGUGCUGGAUGCGCCAGGGGCAGGUGAUUUGGCCGUAGUGCGUGGAGGUAUCGACUUUAACGAUGUCACUUUUGGAUACAAUGCCGAGCGCUUCGUGUUGCGUAACGUUAGCUUCACGGUACCGGCCGGUAAAACUGUCGCCAUCGUUGGACCUUCCGGUGCAGGCAAGAGCACGAUCAUGCGUCUUUUGUUCCGUUUCUAUGACGUGGAUAGCGGAUCGAUAUCGGUAGAUGGGCAAAACAUCAAAACGGUUCGACAGGCUUCGUUGCGUAAAGCGAUCGGAGUUGUGCCGCAAGAUACGGUUCUGUUUAACAACACGAUCUUGUACAAUAUUCAGUACGGUCGCGUUGGAGCACCGGAAGCUGACGUCAUUAUGGCGGCCCGCAGUGCAGACAUACAUGAGCGCAUUCUCAACUUUCCGGAGAAAUAUGAGACGCAGGUUGGUGAGCGAGGUUUACGGUUAAGCGGUGGCGAGAAGCAACGUGUAGCGAUCGCCAGAACGAUCCUGAAGGCGCCCUCCAUAGUGCUGCUGGACGAAGCGACCAGUGCGCUUGACACGCAAACUGAACGCAACAUACAAUCGGCCCUGACAAAGGUGUGCGCUAACCGGACCACUCUCAUCAUAGCGCACCGCUUGUCCACGAUUAUUCACGCAGAUGAGAUCGUAGUGCUAAAGGAGGGCUCGAUUGUGGAGCGUGGCCGGCAUGAUAUAUUGCUAGAACGAAACGGUGUGUACGCUGAGAUGUGGAAUCAACAGUUGAAAAACCUGGAACUAGGAUCAAACGCCACGGAAGCUAGCACCGAAGUGCCUAAUGGAACGGCCAAUGGAACACCCAAUAAAGUGGCAGCAAUCGCAGCACCACCAGCACCAGCCUCGCACCCUCAUCACAAACACCAGUAAUACCACGCAGACAUAAGCUGGUACGAGUGAUAGCAUUAGGGAGAACGUUUUGGUCAUCUUCAUACUUAUCGUGAUGAAUGAUUUGUGAUAGCGAUAGAGAGCUACUAAUACAGGCGAAUUAUGGUUCGUUUCGAGAAGAAACGAAUUACCGACCAACAUUAAACGUACAAAUAAAAAAUCAAAUCAGAAA